AUGUGGUCUAAGCACGUGGCGAGGCCUGUGAGAAGAGGCGCCGGCUUGCAUCGCGUCGGGCGGCUGCUUCCGGCCAUCUUGUACCGGUCGUUCUUCCCAGACUUGAGCGGAGUGAUACCGAACGGUAACCGGCGAACACACCGCGAGCGACGGGUGGUGCCCUACCUCCCCGAACAGUUCUUCGGGGUAGUCGCGGACGUGGACAACUACAAGAACUUCGUUCCGUUCUGCGUGGACUCUCGUGUCGUCAAGGUCAUCGACGACAAUACGAUGGAGGCAGAGAUGAGCGUAGGUUUCAAGGUGGUGCGGGACGCCUGCUUGCGGCACGCUGGGCGCGGCAGGGGGGGGGGUGCGGAAGACGACGGCCUGACGGCUGCUCAGUUCCAGGCGGCGUGCGCGGACCUGGCGAAGGAGGACGACUUUGCGGAGUUUAAGAAGCUCGCUGACAACGACGGUCUUUCAUCAGCCGUGUAUUCGAGCUUGAAGUACCUGAUGAGGCGGCGAUUGCGCCGCGGCCUGACUAGCCUUAAGGGGUCGGCCGGGGAAGAGGCGAAAGCCUGCCUGGCGAUGGAGACGAGAGGCGUGCCGGAGGGAGCGUUGCUGGAGUUUGCCAUAUCGGUGUACAUGAUGGUGCAAGCCUCUGCGGAAGACCGGGCCUUGUACAUAUUUUCCAUCCUCGACACCAACGGCAACAAGCAGCUGGACCGCCAAGAGCUGCAGGCGGCGCUUCUGUUGUACAUGAAGAGCCUGGCCAGAGUCAUCCCGACCGUGGUGGCCCACGAGCUCGAGGACAUGGGCAGGCUGAUCGACAUCGACAGCGAACAGGUCCAGGAGGAGAUCGUGUCCGUCGUGGACGAGUUGAUGCACGAGGUCACCGCAGAAAUCCCGCGAGCCGUGGAGCAGAUCUUCGAAGAGCUGGGGGUCAUAGAGGCUGGCUGCAUCUCGGAGGACGAGUGGGAAGGGGCCUGGCAGAACUUCCCCGAGCUGCUAGACAUGAUGAGUCUCCGAGGCUUGGGCAAGACGGCGCAUUGGGCCGCCAUUGUGUUGGACCAGGUUGUGGCCAAUCAACAGAGAGAAGGGGAUGGCUUGCCGCCACCGCCUCCGCCAUGA